ACAAUUGUGUCCUUGUUAAUUUCGCACAUCAACGCAUUCAGUUUGUGCUUUUGGACUGCAAACCGUUUGAGUCCCUAGGAAUAAUUAAGAGUCAUCAUGGUAGAAGCUAAGAAGCAAUCCAAUGUGCUGGAUAGCUCCAGGAUGUUCUUUGCCGGAGGAAUGGCUGGAGCAAUAGCACGUACCUGUACAGCACCUCUGGACCGCAUCAAACUGCUCUUUCAAGUUCAAGCCGUUGCGGGGCCCGGCACGUCACCCACAGCGUACACUGGCGUGGGACAGGCGGGCCUGAAAAUUUUGCGGGAGGAGGGCUUCCUGGCUUUCUGGAAGGGCAACGGUGUCAACAUCAUCCGCAUCUUUCCUUACUCGGCAGCGCAGCUUGCCUCUAAUGACACAUAUAAGCGGUUGCUGGCCGACGAGCACCACGAGCUGACAGUGCCGCGGCGACUGCUGGCGGGCGCAUGUGCGGGCAUGACCGCCACCGCCCUUACCCACCCGCUGGACACGGUACGGCUGCGCCUGGCGCUGCCAAACCAUCCGUAUAAAGGCGCCAUCCACGCUGCCACCAUGAUGGCCCGCACUGAGGGCCUCAUCUCGCUGUACAAGGGCCUGGUGCCCACCCUCAUCGGUAUUGCGCCAUAUGCGGCCCUCAACUUUGCAAGCUACGAUUUGAUCAAGAAAUGGCUGUAUCACGGGGAGAGGCCUCAGUCCUCGGUAGCCAACUUGUUGGUGGGCGGUGCUUCCGGCACCUUUGCGGCGUCCGUCUGCUACCCUCUGGACACCAUCCGGCGGCGCAUGCAGAUGAAGGGACAGGCGUACCGCAACCAGCUGGACGCCUUCCAGACGAUUUGGGCGCGCGAGGGUGUGCGUGGGUUUUACCGCGGCUGGGUGGCGAACUCAGUGAAGGUGGUGCCGCAGAACGCCAUCCGCAUGGUGUCGUACGAGGCGAUGAAACAGCUGCUCGGAGUUAAGAAGGCAAAAACGGACACAUAA